AUGGAUGGAGACAAGGAAACACCCUUGAAACCGUCAGAUGACUCGAGGAAACGCGUCCUGGCCCCCGCAACCCCAUCACCGAAAAAGCGACGUAGGCUAGAAGAUGACAGAGAUGACCGAUCAGUUACGAAGCUGUAUCUCAAGAAACCAGAAUUACCGCCCGCCACGUCCAUUCGGGACUCUAAUCUUAUACCUGCUCUCAAAUCGAGCACUAAAUCGGUGUCUGAUGGCAAUUUACCACCAUCUAUAGACUUUGAAUCGUCUAGCAGUCGCGUAGUCCGGGACGCAGAGGCAUUGACGAUUAUAGAAAAGUUGGAAGUUGGACCGUAUGAUCAUAAUCCUCCAGAAGGAGACCCGUAUUUCAAUACUGUGGAGCCACACUCGCGGAUACGCCUCAGGCAAGUGAUGGGUCUGUGCCUCAUUGUCCAAAGACUUACGGUAUCUAGCCAGCGAACACUUCCACAUGAAGAAGUUUCGGAAUUUCUUCGUAGUCGGUACUAUCUCUCACCGUCUCUCGUGUACUCGUUGGCCCGGCCCACGAAGAACCGACAAGGAUACGAUUUGCCGCUCGACGCAGAAUGGGUAACGAUUGCUGUGGUUGCGGAGAGAGGUGAUAUAAAGCUAUCCCAAGGAGGAUCUGGACGCUCUACGACUCCAGAGAAGAGUAAUAAACAGGAAAGCGAAGAGGAAAAGCACCGUGAGGGGCCAAAGAAGUACACUACGAUCAAACUAGUCGAUUUUGGUUCUGCUUCCUCGGAUGGAAAGGGCAAGAUGGUUCGGGGAGACGCCUACCUGAACAUGAUGCUCUUUGAGGCCGACGCUGUGACCACUGCGAGGGAGUCUGGGUCUCGAAGCGUCGAGAGGACGUAUAGAGGAGGUAGUGGGGGUGCUUUUGAACAGUCAUCCAAGUAUGGCGAAGGCUCUGUCAUUGCUAUAUGUAGCCCAAGACUGUUACGGCCAUACCAGGCUGGACGUGGAAGCAGCGAAAAGCCUCAUCCGACGAACAAUGUCUUGGGGAUCACACCCUCUUCCGCGGAAUCUAUCAUCGUCAUCGGUAAAUCUCAAGAUUUAGGUCAUUGUGUAGCAACGAAACGGGAUGGGAAACCUUGUGGUAGCUGGUGUGACAAGCGAGUCGCUACGGUAUGCGACUUUCAUCUGCAGCAAGCAGUCAAGUCGAAAAGAGCAGGUCGAGCCGAGUUUGCCGUCGGGACAACAGGCAUGUCUAUUGAUGCCACACACAAGAGAUCUGGCGGUUCGAAAUUCGACCCCUCAAAGAAGACUGGCCUACUACCUGUUGGUGCACAGGCUGUACCUGCUGAAGCACGAAAUUUGUCUGGAGACACGGGGGCAAUGUACAUUGUCGGGUCGCACGUGUUCCGACCUUCACAGAGUGGAGGGGACGAGUUUGUGUCGGAAAAGCUGGGUCGCACGCGCGAAGAGCGCGUCAAGCGGAAAAAGGAUCGCGACGCGGAGGAGGAUCGUCUGAACCAGUUGCUUGCACGAGACGGCGGGUUGAGUAAUGGAGCUCGAGCCCUCGCACAGGUGAUGAGCAGUUCGAGUGCCAAACCUGAAGUGACCAAGUCCAACCCAACCAAGAGUGCAUUCUCCGCCGAGGCCGUGAAACGGAUAGGAUUCGACCCGACCGCUAGUCGCAAGACGGUAAGCGAUGGCGAGCUGAAGCGCAAGCUCGAUAUGCUUGAAUCCCUCCAGAAACCGGCGACGGCUGCCCGACUAGGCAAGCGUCCGCCGUCGACGCACUCAGUCGCGAGCGCGACUACCUCGGAGCUACGUGACGAGUCGCCACUGCCUGCUGAUGCGACUGGAGAGGAGGAAUCUGACCUGGAAUUUGAAGAUUGA